AUGGGGCGGCUGGGGAAGUUCGAGAUAAAGCGGAUCGAGGACGCGACCAGCAGGCAGGUGUGCUACUCCAAGCGGCGGUCGGGGAUCAUGAAGAAGGCGCGGGAGCUCGCCGUGCUCUGCGACGCCCAGGUCGCCGUCGUCGUGCUCUCCUCCUCCGGCGAGCACCACCACUUCUGCAGCGACGGCGCCGACAUCAAGGGGGUCUUCGACCGCUACCAGCAGGCCACCGGGACCAGCCUGUGGACCGAGCAGUAUGAGAAUAUGCAGCGCACCCUGAGCCAGCUCAAGGACAUCAACCGGAACCUGCGCACCGAGAUCAGGCAAAGGAUGGGUGAGGAUCUGGACGCGCUGGAGUUCCAGGAGCUGCGCGGGCUCGAGCAAAAUGUCGGCGCCGCUCUCGAGGUGGUUCGCCAGAGGAAGUAUCAUGUGAUCACCAGGCAGACUGAAACCUACAAGAAGAAGGUGAAGCACUCCGAGGAGGUGUACAAGAAACUGAAGCAGGAGCUGGAGCAUGCGCGAGGACCCGGCGUUCGGGUCGUUCAUGGACAACCCGGCGUUCGGGUUCAUGGACAACCCGGUGAUGGGCGGGUGGGACGGCGUGGCGGCGGUGGAGAUGGGCGGCGACGGCUCGGAGGCGGACAUGUACGCCUUCCACGCGGUGUCCAGCCAGCUCGAUCUGCACGGCAUGGCCUACGGCAGCUCCCACUGCCCGCUCCAGUCGCUCCUGGCUUAUAUAUCAAGUGA